AUGGCCGGUGGGACUCGGCAAGCUGUAGCGAAGGACGUGAUCCUCUUAGAUGACGAAGACGACGAUAACGAGGAUGGCAAUAACGUGGAUGGAGUUGACGAGGAUGAGACUGACGUGGUGGAAUGGCGGGGUGGCGUGAAGGACACGCGACCGACGAGGGCGAGGGGAGCGGAGAAGCCGUCGGGGAAUGGUAGAGUGGCAAGACGAGUUGCAGGACGGCUGGCGAAGGGAAAGGGGAAGGUGGAGGAGGAGGUGGAGGAGGUGGAAGAGGAGGAUGAGUGCGUGGAAGUAGUAUCAGGCGCGGGAUGCGCUAAAAGCAGUCGCGUUAACAAUGGAUGCAAUGAUGCAGCAGAGAAUACAAAGAGAGGAACGAAGCGGGACCGGGAGGAAAGUGGCGAAGCUUCAAGGCAGCUUCCGCCCACGUCAGGGUUUCAAGCGCAGCGCAUCCGGGCAACAAUGCAAGGCCGUGGGUGUGAGCCCAUGGGCCGGCCGGCAGUGCAAGGCCGUGGGUGUGAGCCCAUGGGCCGGCCGGCAGUGCAAGGCCGUGGGUGUGAGCCCAUGGGCCGGCCGGCAGAUUACGUCCCUUCCCUCCGCGCCGCCGCCCUCCUUCCUCCUCACAACAAAGCACCUCCUCCUCCUCGUGCCACCACCAACACCAGCAACAGCCAGCAGCGUGUUGGUGGUGGUAGUGGUGGUGGUGGUGGUGGUGGUGGUGGUGGUGCUGCUGCUGCUGGUGGUGGUGCUGGUGGUGGUGCUGGUGGUGCCGCCUCUUCCGUUCUCACCAGCCAAUGGGAGGGACAAAAGCUCAUGCUCGUUGAUGAUGAUCCUGACACGCUGCAGAGCGAUCUGAGCCGUCGGUCGGCCGGAGCUGCACGCGAUCAUGCGGACGGCAGCGAUGGGGGUUUGGAGGCGCUGUGGCGGGGCAUGGGAGAGGUGCAGCAGGCCAGAGAUGAGCCCGAGGCACAGAAGCAUGGCGGGGUGUCGGAGACUGUUGUUGAGAAGCAAAAAAGGGCGCGGAAGGAGGACUGUGGAGUGGAAGUCGAGACCUUGGGCAGGAAGCGUGGUGGUGUGGUUACCAGUGGAGGCGGGUCAGAGCGGCCACAUGCACAUGACUCAUCGGGUGCCGCUCUAUUGGACAGAGCUGCAUUGAGGGAUGGCAGUGGAGGAGGGGAUGGGACGUCAGGUGCGUCAUUUGGAGGGCAGAGGCAACGGGAGGGAAUGAGGGGUGCUGACAGGGGUAGAGAAGAAGGGAACGCUGAAGGCUGUGAGGGAAGGGGUGGAAGAGAGGUGGGUAGGAGAGGGGAUGGUGUGCGAGGAGGCGGCGAUGUGAGAGCUGGUGGUGGGAGAGGGGGUGGGGAGAGAUGUGAUGUGGAGAUAAAGGGAUUUGGGCAAGAUGAUUUGUUCAUGAGAAAAGGGGAGGACAGUGCGGUGCGAGUGGCGAGCAGGCGUGGUGUGAGUGGGCGCGUGCAGAGCGGCGGGCUGCUGGCGAUGCUUGGCGUGGCGGAGGUGGUGCCGUCGUCCAGUGCUGACGCUUCUGCAGAUGGGAGCAGCGAGGAGGAUGGGGAGGAGGAUGUGGUCGAGGUGGAGGAGAACCGCAGGAGGGCAGCGGCGCUGCUGGCAGCAGCACAGAGGAAGUGGCUGGCGGAGUGUCGGCAGCAGUUUGAGGCGUUUGUGUUCCCGCCGACAGGCACGGACAGUGUGAUGGUGCGGUGGGAGGAUGUGGAGCGGCUGAAGCCAGAGGAGUUCCUGAAUGAUACCCUCAUUGACUUCUUCCUCAGGAACCAACUGGGGGAUGUGGAGCGGCUGAAGCCAGAGGAGUUCCUGAAUGAUACCCUCAUUGACUUCUUCCUCAGGCAUCUGAAGGUGCAGGCCAUGGAGAAGGGCCGCAUCGCAUGCUCCCUUGCCGCACCCGACCAGGCACUGCCCCCACCACUGCCGCCAGCAGCACCAGGUGCAGCAUCAUCAUCAGGUGCACCUGUUGCUGGAGGGAAGGCAGAUGGUGACAAGGCAGGUGGUGAGAAGCAGGUGGGUGGGGCAAAACAGCCUCCUCCUUUGGUGCAUUUCUUCAACAGCUUUUUCUUCAAGAUGCUCAUCGGCGGAGAGAAGGACGACCCCUUCCCUCCACCCACGCAUGCCCGUGCCGCUGCCGCCACCCGAGCUGCUGCUGAUGCUGCUGCCGCUGCAGCGGUGGAGGCAGCGAAGGGGGGGAGUGGGGAGGAGGAUGGGAAGGCGGCGCACUGGCGGGUGCGCAAGUGGACCAAGGGGGUGAACCUCUUCGCCUGUGACUUUGUCUUCAUCCCCGUCAACCUCAGCUCGAGUAUUCGCCUCACAGCUCAUGUAUUCGCCUCACAGCUCGAGUAUUCGCCUCUCAGCUCAUGUAUUCGCCUCUCAGCUCGAGUAUUCGCCUCUCAGCUCAUGUAUUCGCCUCACAGCUCGAGUAUUCGUCUCUCAGCUCAUGUAUUCGCCUCACAGCUCGAGUAUUCGCCUCUCAGCUCGAGUAUUCGCCUCUCAGCUCGAGUAUUCGCCUCUCAGCUCAUGUAUUCGCCUCACAGCUCGAGUAUUCGCCUCUCAGCUCAUGUAUUCGCCUCACAGCUCGAGUAUUCGCCUCUCAGCUCAUGUAUUCGCCUCACAGCUCGAGUAUUCGCCUCUCAGCUCAUGUAUUCACCUCACAGCUCGAGUAUUCGCCUCUCAGCUCAUGUAUUCGCCUCACAGCUCGAGUAUUCGCCUCUCAGCUCAUGUAUUCGCCUCACAGCUCGAGUAUUCGCCUCUCAGCUCAUGUAUUCGCCUCACAGCUCGAGUAUUCGCCUCUCAGCUCAUGUAUUCGCCUCACAGCUCGAGUAUUCGCCUCUCAGCUCAUGUAUUCGCCUCACAGCUCGAGUAUUCGCCUUUCAGCUCAUGUAUUCGCCUCACAGCUCGAGUAUUCGCCUCUCAGCUCAUGUAUUCGCCUCACAGCUCGAGUAUUCGCCUCUCAGCUCAUGUAUUCGCCUCACAGCUCGAGUAUUCGCCUCUCAGCUCAUGUAUUCGCCUCACAGCUCGAGUAUUCGCCUCUCAGCUCAUGUAUUCGCCUCACAGCUCGAGUAUUCGCCUCUCAGCUCAUCUAUUCGCCUCACAGCUCGAGUAUUCGCCUCUCAGCUCAUGUAUUCGCCUCACAGCUCGAGUAUUCGCCUCUCAGCUCAUGUAUUCGCCUCACAGCUCGAGUAUUCGCCUCUCAGCUCAUCCAAGCCCAUGCGGGCCGCCAUCCGCCGCACCGUGCUGCAGCGUGCCGGGCUGGGGGAGCUGGUGGCUCGCGAACCCAUGCGGCACCCGGGUUCCCUUUUGCGUGAACCCAUGCGCGAACUCAUGCGGCACUCGGGUUCUCCGGUGCGCGAGGAGGCUGUGACAGGAAAGGAACCCAAAAGCGAGGAGGCCGUGGCAGGGAAGGAAAAGGAGGUGGAGGGGGAGGGGGUGAGGGAGAGGCACAGGGAUGGAGGGGAGAAGGAGAGGGAGAGGGAAGGAAGGGAGGACGAAGGGAGGGGGUCUGGGGUGGGGCGAGGUGGAGGAAUGAUAGGGCUGCUGGCGAGGGAGAUACGGAGUGUGGCGGGGGAGGGUGGAAGAGGGGAGGGUGCGGAUGGGUGUGCGGCGAGACAGGAAGAGGGGCAAAGUAAAGGCUUACACAAUCGGGAUCAGGAGCAGAAGAAAGAUGACAAUCGGCGUGUGACUCGAAGCCGCAGCUUGCAUGCAAUCAUGUCAACCCAGGAGGGAGGCCCGUCGGCCAAUGCACUGCCUGGGGAAGGCCCUCGCAACGCGAGCCGUGGUGGUGGGAAGCGAGAGAGGCGCUUGAACGAGGUGUUGGCGGAGGAUGGGGAGGAGGGGGAGGGGGAGGGGGAUGUGGUGGAGGUGAGGGCGGGGAAAAGAGGGCGGGUGGAUGGACAUGGAGGAUGCGAUGGCGGAGGCGAUGGGGGAGGCGAUGGGGGAGGGGAGAGGAGGGAGAAAGGAGGGAAGGGAGGGGAGCUUGGGAGAGGAGGGAAGGGGGAAGAGGAGGAGAAGGUAGGGAAGGAGGGGAAUGAGAGAGGAGAGCAGGGAAGGAAGGGGGUGGAGGAACAGAAAGAAGAGAAGAAUGAAGAGGGGAUGGAGGAGAGGAGUGAGGAGAAGGCGGGGAUGGAGACAAAUAAGGAGGCGGGGUGCUUGAGGGGUGAGGCGGAGGCAGGGAGGAGACGCGAGGGCCAGAGCAAGGAGGGAGGAAGUAUGGUUGAGGAGAUUGCAGAAGAGGAGGGAGAAGAGGAGACGAGGGGGGAGGGGAAGGGAGGCAGACAGAAGAGGUGUGCGAAGGAAGAGAGUUACGGAAAGGCGGUGGGGGGAAUGGUAGAGGCAAGUGCAGAUCAGCAGCAAGGGAGGAGCGUGCGAGAUGUGCGUGGCGAGGGGGUGGAAGCGAAGGAGGAGGGACGUAUGGAAGAGGUGGGGUUGAGGAAUGGCAAGCAGGGGCGGGUGGCAGGGGGACAUGGUGGAGAGGUGGAGAUGGGGAAAGAGGGAGGACAGCAAGUGACUGGCGAAGCGCAGGGAGAAGAAAGCUGCAGGAGUAAGGAGUCAGGUGGGGUUCGAGUUGAUGCAGGGCAUGAGCUGGCACAUUAUGUGUUGAUGAGUGAUUCACCCGAUGAUGAUGGCGCUGCUGCUGCUCUCCCUGCUGUUCCUCCGCCUCCGCCUCCGCCUCCUGCUGCCGCUGUUACGGCUGCCACUGCUGCGGCUGCUGACGAGGGCAACGAUGGUAAUGGCGCUGCUGCUAGCAAGGCAUGUGGUGGUGGCACUGGUGGUAUAGCUUACAAGCGGCGUGGUGGGCUGGGGGGCGAACACGCUGCCGUAGCAAGGAAGCCUGGCGAGGGUGGGAAGGCAUGUGGUGAUGGUGGUGUGGCUGCAACUGCUGCGGCUGCUAGUGACGAUGGCAAUGGUGGUAAUGGCGCUGCUGCUGCUGCUAGCGAGGAGUCAGGUGGCACCAGUGUUAUUCCUUACAAGCGGAGUGGUGGGCAGGGGGCCGAACACGACGCUGCUCGCAACGGUCGUGAUGCUGGAGCUAGCAAGCAUGGUCGGGGUGGCACGGCAUGUGGCGAUGGUGUGCCUGCCACGAGUGCUGCUGAGGGCUCUCAGGCUCCUUCUACAGCUACAGCUACAGCUGGCGGUGUUAGGCAUGCUGUUACAGACGCAACGGUGGAUGUGAUUAGACUUGUUUCCCCGGAUGCACUCAAGGAUGCAGUUACACAUGCUUCUACAGAUGCUGCUUCAGGUGCUGCUACAGGUGGUGCUACAGGUCCCCCUACAGAUGCAGCUACAGGUGCCGCAACAAGUGCUGCCGCAGCAAAAGGAGCAAGCAGCAAUGUCGAGACAGUGAAUUCCGCUGCUGCUACCGUCAGAUAUGGAGGGGGAGGGAGGAGAGAAGGGAAGAGAGAAGGGACGAGAGAAGGGACGAGAAAAGGGGUGAGAGAAGGGGCGAGAGAAGGGACGAGAGAAGGGACGAGAGAAAGGACGAGAGAAGGUGCGAGAGAAGGGACGAGAGAAGGGACGAGAGGAAGGAGAGAAGGGAAACGGUUGAAGAUUAAUCAAGAGGCAGAUCAAGCAGGAAGGGAGGAAGAGGAACCAGAGGGGAAGAAGCAAAAGGAAGAGGAGGGAGAAAAGAGGGAAGAGGGGGGUAUGGCAGGUGCAGCUUGCGGCACUGACUCACCGCUGGCACAGAGUGCAGCUGAUAAGGCCGAUGGGGUGGAGGGGGGAGAGGGAGGGGAAGAAGGUGGUGGGGAAAGUGAGGGCGUGCAAGGGGGUGGAGGGGUGUGUGGGAGCAGUGAGGGCGGUAAGUGGGUUGAUGCGUCUGUAGUUUGCAACAGCUCCUCUCCUGAGGAGCAGGCAGAGGAGGAGCAGCCGGAGGAGGAGGGUGGGGAGCAGGAGGAGCAGGAGGAAGUGGAGGGGGGAAAGGAGGGGAAGGGGGAGGGGAAGUGGGGUGGUGGUAGGGAGCGGCAGGGUGCAAGGGACAUGUGGGGCGAUCUGGACUUGCGCAGUGGCUUGGACUCCGCCACUGGGCUUCUGUCCUCGCUGCAGAAAGGGGUUGCGAGUGCACCCACCCACACACCCACACACACACCCACCCGCACACCCAGUGGAGCACGGUGCAUGGCAGAAGUUCAGAGGGGAGUGCAGAAGAGGGUAGAGCGGCUAAAGGAGGGGGUUAGAGGUAGAGGGAGGCACCGAGGGCCACCUGAAGCACGCGGGGCACCUGACGCACCUGGGGCACCUGACGCAUCUGACGCAUCUGAAGCACCUGGGACACCUGAUUCACCUGGGGCGUCAGGGGCAUCAGAGGCACCUGAAGUACCUGGGGCACCGGGGGGACCUAGCGGAACAAGAAUUGAGACGAAAGAGGGGCGCGGAUCGGAGGAUGGUAAGACCAGCAGGGAGGGAAAGCGGAAAAGAGGAAAGAUUGAGGUUCCGAUGGGAGUGGGGCAGGCUGGAGGACGAGCAAGGAGGCUGAGAGGGGGGCCGGGUAGAGUGCAGGAAGGAGAUGAGGAUGUGGGAGAUGGUGGGGUGGAGAGGGUGAGUGGAGAGGGUGGUGGAAAGGAGGAAGAUGAGGAUUGGGGUGUUGUAGGCUGCAAGGGGUCGAGGGACGAUAGAGCGAGGAAGCAUGGAGUGAGGGAGGGGAUAGGUGCGAAGAAUAUUGGUGGAGGGGAGGAGGAGGAGGAUGAGAUGGAAAUGGAGGAAGUGGAGGAAGUGGAAAGGGAUGGGAUUGUUGAGGUGCGAACAUGGAAAGCAGGUGGAGGGAAGGCGGAUGAGAUGGGAUUAAGGGAAGUGGGACAGGAGGUGGAGGGAGAAAAGGGGAAGAGUGGGGGGUGGAAGGGUAGAGAGCGGGGAAGGGCGGAUGUUCAGGGAUUGGUGAAGGGUGUGGGUUCAUCAGAGACGAAGGGGGCGCCAUCUCGCUUGGCAGGGCAACUUGGGACAGGAGUGGGUUGCAUGGGCGUAGGGGAGGGGGGGCGUGAUGUGGCUGUGGUUGAUGGGGUGAGUGGAGCAAGCGUGGGGGAGGAAUCGGAGGAAGAGGAAGGUGAAGUGAGAGAGAGCCAAGAAGUGGAGGAGGUUGAAGAAGUGGGGGCAGAGGAAGAGGGUGGAGGGGAAAGUGCCCAAGAGGAGGAGGAAGAAGCAGAGGACGAUGAGGAGAGGGGGCAACGGGAUGAAUGGAGGGAAGAGGAGGACAAGGAGAAGGUAGAAGAGGAAGAGGAGAGAGGGAAAAGUUCCCAAGAGGAGGAGGAAGAAGUUGGUUCUGAGACGUCCCAAGACCAAUUUGUUAUCUCGUCAGGGGAUGAGGAGGGAGGGCAGAGUGCCCAAGAGGAGGAAGCAGAGGACGAUGAGGAAAUUAGGGGACGGGACGAGGGGAGGAAAGAGGAAAGGGAGGAGAAGGAAGAGGAGGGAGAGGAGGGAGAGGAGGGAGAGGAGGGAGAGAUGGAAGAGAAGGGAGUGAAGGGAGAGAACAGAGAGAAGAGAGGGAGGGGAGUGAAAAGAAGAGGGAGAAGAGGGUUGCUGGAGGGUGGCAAGGAGAGGAAGUGUGUGGUUCAAAGUGGGGCUGACAAUGGGCAGGCAAAGCAUAAGGAGGCGUCACACAGGGAGGUGAGGGUGGUGGAGCGGCGGCACUGCCACCAUGCUGAUGGAGCUCACGUGCAGGGUAUGCAGGGCAUGCAGGCAGGGGCACGUGGGGCAAGGCAGGCCGUGUGCCGAGGAGGGGAGGCACCGGGAGGGGAGGAAGAGCAAGGAGGAGAGGAGGAAGAGAAAGGAGGAGAGGAGGAAGAGGGAGGCAAGGAGGUGAAGUCAAGUGGAGAUGUGGUGGAGUCGCUCUCCCUUCAAUCACCUGCGCCUGUGCUUGUGUCACACCCUGUACAGUCACAUGUACACAGUGAUCAACCCUCUCACCCCCCUCACUCCUUGCACCCUCCUCACCCCUCUCACUCUUCUCACCCCUCGCACCGCCCUCACCCCCCUGCUGCUGCUACAUCGGAGCCGCGGCGGUCGUCACGGGUGAGCAAGAGGGCCGAGCAGAAGCAGCAGCGGGUGGCAGAGAGGCGGCGAGAGAUGGGCGAGGAUGUGAGGAAGCGGCUGGACGAGCUUCUUAGAGAGUGA